GAGAUUUUUCUGUGUACUUUUCUGAGAGACGCAGCGGCAGCGGGCUGUGUGUUGUUCUAACUGAGGAGACGGACGUAUAGAGGCUGUAACUAUGAGGCUACUUUUACUCGGAGUGCUGGGCUGCUCGCUGGUCCUCUCUGUCCAAGCUUUGUACUCCGCUAGUGAUGAUGUUAUCGAGCUCACUCCCUCCAAUUUCAACAGGGAGGUGAUCCAGAGUGACAGUCUGUGGCUGGUUGAGUUUUAUGCUCCCUGGUGUGGCCACUGUCGAAACUUGGCUCCUGAUUGGAAGAAGGCAGCCACUGCCCUCAAGGGUAUUGUCAAAGUUGGUGCUGUGGACGCUGACCAGCACAAAUCCCUGGGUGGCCAGUAUGGUGUCAGAGGAUUCCCUACCAUCAAGAUCUUUGGAGCUAAUAAGAACAAACCAGAGGAGUACCAAGGCGGACGCAGCAGCCAGGCCAUCGUGGAUGGAGCCAUGAACGCCCUGCGCAAUCUGGUGAAAGACAGGCUAAGCGGCAAGUCUGGUAGCUCUGGCUACAAACAGCAGAGCAGUGGUGGUGACAGCAGUGGUGGGAGCAAGAAGGAUGUUGUUGAGCUCACUGAUGACAACUUUGACAAGAUGGUGUUGGACAGUGAUGAAGUGUGGUUGGUGGAGUUCUUUGCCCCCUGGUGUGGACACUGCAAGAACCUGGAGCCUGAGUGGGCAGCUGCAGCCACAGCUGUCAAGGAGCAGACCAAGGGCAAAGUUCGCCUCGGAGCUGUGGAUGCCACUGUACACCAGGUUCUGUCCAGCCGCUACGGGAUCCGUGGAUUUCCCACCAUCAAGAUUUUCCGCAAAGGUGAGGAGCCAGAAGACUUCCAAGGAGGUCGCUCCCGUGGUGACAUCAUUGAGAAGGCUUUGGAUCUUUUUUCUGACAAUGCUGCUCCUCCAGAGCUGCUGGAGAUUAUCAAUGAAGACGUCUUGAAGAAAACCUGUGAGGACAGUCAGCUGUGUAUAAUUGCUGUCCUGCCGCACAUCCUGGACACAGGUGCGACUGGUAGAAGCAGCUACCUGGAUGUGAUGAUGAAAAUGGCUGAUAAGUACAAGAAGAAGAUGUGGGGCUGGCUGUGGACUGAGGCGGGGGCUCAGAUGGAGCUGGAGGCUUCUCUCGGUAUUGGUGGAUUUGGCUACCCUGCCAUGGCUGCCAUCAACACACGCAAAAUGAAAUUUGCUCUGCUCAGGGGUUCCUUCAGUGAGACUGGUAUUCAUGAGUUCCUCAGGGAGCUUUCUGUGGGCCGUGGCUCAACUGCCACAUUGGGAGGUGGCACCAUGCCCAAGAUUCAUUCUGUUGAACCAUGGGACGGCAAAGAUGGACAGCUUCCUGUGGAGGAGGACUACGACCUCAGUGAUGUGGAACUCGAUGAUUUAAAGGAUGAGUUAUGAGUCCAAUCAGGGCAGGACUGAUCCAGACUGGCUCCAUUUGGUCUGGUCUGGUCCUGCGCGAUUCACCUCCCCUCUCCUGUGGACGAAUGGGAGGCCUGGUCGCCCAGUUACUGAAAUACUCUCAAAGACACACGAGAGACACCUGUAGUUUCUCACAUCAUCUGUCAGUCACAAGGGGGACAGGAAGGAGGGGAGCGUGUGUCGUGUCCUCAGAAUGAAGUCUUUCUCACAUACCUGCUGAACGCUAUAAGCCACAUAUUUAUACAGCUGCCGCCCACUGAGGAGAGGAGGGAGGAGCUUCCGAAUGUCACAUUUCAGUUGUCGAUUCACUUUUUAAAACAUUGCCUUUCCUCCCCUCUUCAAGCACCUACUUUGAGAUGUGGACUUGUCAAAUUAACACUUAAAUGUCCUACCUAAUGUGACUAAAUGUGUCUUCUCUUUUUAAACCGGUGAAUGAGAAUGUUGAGUUUGCGUCAUGUCUGUCCAGGACAAAGGGGGGGGGACUUCUCGUGUAGAUUUUUCUUACACAACUUUAUUUCAAUUGUGUGAAAACAAAAUGACAUUUUUGUUACAAAAAUAAAAAGAAAUAAAAACAA